UCGACUGUCGCUCAUCGCUGGCGGCAUCGAACGGUCACACUGCUCGCAAAAAUCCAAAAAAUCCAAACCAAACGAACGAUCCAAUUGUCAACUGGGUUUAAGUGCUGUUAAAAGGCGAAGUUGUGAUAGAAAGCAGUAGCGCAGCUAGUGCAGUUUUCCCCCCGCUCAGCGAUCGCCUAAAUGGUCACCAUGGAGAACAGCGACGAGAUCCUGCAGAUCCUGGAGCGCUUCACGCGGCUCAAGCAAAAGGAGAUACCCAAGGAGCUGGAGGACUACCUGCAGUAUGUGGCCAAGACCGGGGACACCAUCUUCAAGUGGUCCAGCCUCAAGUAUCUGUUCCGCGAGAAGCUACUCAGCGUGAUCAAGCACUUCAACGAGGACUCGCCGCGUCUGGAGGAGAUCCCCAACUACCCGAAUGUUGAUCCCUUCAACUACGAGACCAUGAAGUCCUCGCUGCUCGAGCGCCUGGACCUCUUCAAUGCAGCUCCUUUCACCGUGCAGCGCUUGUGCGAGCUGCUGAUCGAUCCCCGCAAGCAGUACUCGCGCAUCGACAAGUUUAUGCGCGCCCUGGAGAAGAACAUUCUGGUGGUCAGCACCAUUGAUCCGGGACGCAAGCGCACCGAAAGCGAGAACGGCGACUCCCUGGACUCGGUGGUCAACGGCGACCUCUCGCUGGAGGUCAACAUCGACAUUGAGAUGGAGAACGAGGCGCUGUUCAACAACGGCAACGCCGAGGAGGGUUCGGCGCCCAGCUCCGGUUCGGCGGGUGGUGCCCAGAAGGUCAGCUGCCCGCGAUCGGAGGACAACGACAUGCCCAAGGCCAAGAAGGCUAAGCUGGAGAUCGAGGGCGAUGGCGAGGAGCGCUCGGAGGCCGCCGAUGAAGUGCCCGCCGAGCCGGAGGCCGAAGGGGCCGUCGUGGCCUCCAAGGCCAAGAAGGACAAGGAGGAGAAGAGCGACAACGAUGAGACUGAUUCCCCACAAGAGGCUGCCGAGAUCGAGGAGCCCGACGAGGAGGUGGAGGAGGCCAAGCAGGCUGUGAACGGCAGCAAGAAGGAGAGCGAGCAGGAGGAGAGUUCCCCGGCCUCUGCCGACGAGGACGAGGAGGACCCGAUGCUGAGCAAAUCCCCAGAGGCCGAAAAGGAACCAGUAGCCGUUGCUAAGGAGAAGGAGGAGGAGGGCAAGAAGGAAACGGUGGAGCCAAAGGAGGAGAUCGCCAAGAAGCAAGAGGAUGAGAAGACCGACAAGUCGGAGGAAAAGGUGGAGAAGCUGGACAAGAAGCAGGCUGCUGAAAAGGCUGAGACCGAAAAGGAGGAGCCUGCUGCCAAGGCAAAGGCAGAAAAGGAGCAGAAGGAGGAGGAGAAGCAGGAGGAGAAACCCGCUCCAGUUGCAGCGGAGAAGCAGGACGAGAAGGAAGCUGCCGAGACUGAGCCCGCAGCAGCAGCAGAAAAGCCCGCUGACGAGGAAGCAGCUCCCGCUGCCGAAUCGAAACCGAAGACCAAGUCUGAGGCCAAGCCAGAGGCCGAGACCAAGGAGAGCCAACCCGAAAAGACUGAAACCGAGCCGGCCAAGGAGCCGUUGCCGGAGGAAAAGAAUGAGGCUGCCGCCGAGCCAGCAGCAGCAGAAGCAGAGGCAGAGGCAGAGGAGAAGAAAGAGGACGAGACUACUGCCGCUGAGGCAGUCACCAAGGAACCGGUCGAGGAGUCGCAGGAUGGGGAAGCCUCCAGCCCUGUGGUCGAAGAACUGGCCGCCGCCACAACACCACAAUCUCCGCUGGGCGCCGCCGACUCGGCUGCCGAGACGCCGCCCGCCGAUGCGGCCGAUGAUUCGCAGGCUUCGCCUUUGGCAGCCGUCACUCCGCCGACUUUGGCCCUCAACGACCAGCCCAUGGAGGACACUCCGGCCGAGGAGGAGCCGCGCGUCGAGGAGGUGGUCAUGGCCGAAAGCGGCCCGGCCGCCGAAAUGGCCACCGAGGAGACGGCCGCCAAGGACGAACCGGCCGCCAUGGAGGUCGACGACACCAGCCAGGAGGUGAUGGACCAGUAAAGCGGGCCCAUUGCAGCGCCGAAUACAACUACAUUCAACUACUACUCCAUAUAACUAGAAUUUUAAGACAAAAGCGCCCCAUUCCGCGAGUAAUGCGCUGCCUCUCUGAGGAGAAGAAGUAGAAGAAGGGCGGCAGCUCCCCAUUUUUGUAGCCGUAAGACGCGGCCGAGACAAGCUCAAGCUCUAGACUCUGUUGCCUGUUCCGUGUUCCCCCGUAUCCCGUUCCCCAUUAUCUGUGACCCUUUUUGUUGGCCGCCCCCUCUAGUUUUGUAUUUAUAUUUUAUAGACCAAUCCCUGACGAACGACAAGUCCGCCUCUGUUUCCCGUUUCCCUUUUACCCUCUCCCCGUGUGUGCGUGUUUUUUUUUCAUAAUCUCUAGUAGUAGACACUGUCUCUGGCGCGAGCUUCGGCCAGAUGUGAGCGAUUAAACCAGCGGUCGGCAGCCUCUUAUUAAUGGGCUCCGCCGGAAAACGAAUAUUCAUUGUAUUGUGUGCCGACCGUUGGCUUAAACACACAAUAAACACUAUCCAUACAAAUA